AUGAUUGCACUGAUCAUAUUACUAUCAAUCGCUUCUUCAAUUGAAGUAAAUUUAAUGUUGCCACUUGAUGUUGUGACUUCACAAGGAAUUAGGAAUCCAGAACAACUCCAAAAUGAUCUUAACAAGAUCAAGUCUAGUGGUGUUGUUGGUGUCAUGUCGGAUAUUUAUUGGGGACUUGUUGAGACAAGUCCAAAAACGUACAAUUGGGAUAGUUAUGAAAAAUUGGUAUCUAUGGUGAAGACCACAGGACUUAAAUUAAAAGUAGCAUUGUAUUUUCACAAGUGUGGAAAUGGUGUGGGAGAUAUACCCACAAUUCACCUUCCAUUGUGGGCGGAAAAAUCUAUAUUAACAAAUGACGCAUUUUUCAAAGAUGCAGAGAAUCGUGUUAUUGAUGAAUAUAUAUCCUUUGCGUUUGAUGAUGAAAAAGUAUUUGAAGGCAGAACCCCAAUAGAGAUAUACGGCGACUUUAUGGCAUCUUUUAAACAAAAUUUCCAGAAAUACAUUGAUGAUGGGACAAUCAAAGAAAUUCAAAUUGGAAUGGGUAUAAAAGGGGAAACCAGAUACCCAUCUUUUCCACUCAACCUUUGGAGUUAUUGUGGUGUCGGAGCGUUUCAGUGCAGUGAUAAAAAAUCGCAACAGAAAUUGAAGAACGCGGCAAACGCAACUGGGCAUCCAGAGUGGGGACACAACCCAACCAACGCUGGUUAUUACAACAACAUGCCACCAACAUCAACUGGCUUCUUUGGAAAUGACGCUGAAAACUAUCAAAGUGAAUAUGGUAAGUUCUUCCAACAAUGGUACUUUGACCUUUUGUUAAGUCACACUGACAAGAUCUUGUUUUCAGCAAGAACAAUUUUUGGUGACAGCUUGUUUCUUGUUGGAAAAAUCAGUUGUAUACAUUGGUGGUGGAUGGACGAUAGCCAUGCAGGUGAAAUGACUGCGGGUUAUUAUAAUUCAAAUGGCAACAAUGCUUAUAACACACUUUCAAAUAUCUUUGAAAAGUACAAUAUAACAUUUGAUUUCACUACUCUUGAGAUGCUAGGUACUGAUGUCAAAUGCGGAAGUCAACCAGUCAGUUUAAUCGAUCAAGCAUAUUCUGCAGCGUCUUCUGUAGGUCUUACAAAGUGUGGAGAGAAUGAGUAUGAUAUGUGUGGGUAUGGUGGAUGCAACACAAACGGGUUUAUACAAAUUAAUAAGAAAGCUAAAGAACACAAUCUUUCUUCAUUUAGUUAUAACAGAAUGACUAGAGCGCUUCUUGAUGAUGCAACUGCUUGGAAACAAUUCUGUGACUUUGUCAACUUAAUGAAAUAA